UUGGAAGAAAAUGAAGAGAGCGAGUGCCGGAGGUGACGUUGCCCCGAGAAACACGUGUUCUGGUCGUCACGCCUCACGUGACGGUUGCGUCACUGGCGCGCUCUCACCAUCAUCGAAGCAGCGAGAAGAAAAGUUUCUCUCUCCACGACGGAGAGCGAGAGUAGAAGGUGGCGAGAGGGGAGAGGCUGGAAGGAAGUUCCGGAGUUGGAACCCCGAGUCCCGCGCGCCCAGUCAUCACGACACGGGCUGCCCGAACGGCUGGGUCGGCCCGGGGAGCUCCUUAAAUCCGACGCAGGCCGGUAGUGUCGUCUUCAACUUUUUCGUUCUGCCAUUUCUAAAAAAAAAAAAGACAUUCGGUACGCUUCGCCUUUCCUGCUUAACUUUCGAAAACGAAAUCCCCUGCUUCUCUUCGACGUGUUGGUGGGAGUGUCAGUUUAUGUAUAAAGGACAGAAGUGAACUUUCGUCGCUGGAUCAUCCUCUUCAACACGUGAAGCUAUGGUUCUGCGCUGCGCUCCCGACUUUUGUGCGUUUGCUGAUGACUCGAAAAUUCUCGCUCACACUGAUCAGCACUGCCCCUCCAGUAAUUCCUCGGACUCCUCUGUGGAUAAUCACUCGGCUCGGUGUUGACACUGCAUCGCACUUGUUCCGUGCCAGCUAAUGUGGGUGUGAAGAGUGUUCACAGACGACGACGGGCCAGAAAAACGCUGUCAUCGAGAAGAGGAGAGUUGACUGCAGUGACCUCUUGUAAUGUUUCCCGUUUCUUUAGCGACUGCUCAAUUCGUGCGCGUAAAACGAACAGCGCCUUCUUUCGUUAUUUAAACCAUCUAUUUACGAACUGAGGACUUGCGACCACGACAAGAUUCGAGCUGGAAGCCGUUUCGCUACAGCGCACCGACAUCUCUCCCACGCAACAAUAUCAAAUCGCAGCGGUAGGAGACGUCGACAACACGGCCACGAUGAAGGGGCUUGCGACGACCGCGGCGAGACAGGUCCGGUCGCCUUCCGAGGCCAGAGGAGCAUGAUCCCACCGCAGCCGGCGUCUUCCCUGGCGCAUACGGACGUAACUACCAACAUGCCUUCCACUGACGAAGACGACACGGGUCUGCCCGUCGACGACCCACUGGUGACGCUAAACGCGUCAGUGGCCGCCGAAAUGCUCCUCCUGGCGCUGGGCCCAAAGCGCGACCCGCUGACCACGGUUAUCCCAAUGACGCUCAUCUACUCCGUCCUGCUCGUCUCCGGAGUGGUCGGCAACGUCUGCACGUGCAUCGUCAUCGCGCGCAACCGAUACAUGCACACGGCGACCAACUACUACCUCUUCAGCUUGGCCGUCUCCGACCUCCUUCUCCUGGUGCUCGGGCUACCGCAAGAACUGUACCAACUGUGGCAGCGGCACCCGUACGUGUUCGGGGAGGCCUUCUGCGUGCUCCGAGGCCUGACCUCGGAGACCUCGACCAACGCGUCCAUACUGACCAUCACGGCGUUCACCAUCGAACGCUACGUGGCCAUCUGCCACCCGCUCCGGGCCCACACCAUGUCCAAGCUGUCCCGGGCCGUCAAGUUCGUCGUGGCCAUCUGGGUCCUGAGCGCCGUGUGCGCCGUCCCGCUCGCGGUCCAGUUCGGCAUCGUCCACCAGACGCUGGACGGCACCACGGUGCUGCCGGAGACGGCGGCGUGCACGGUCAAGGACCCGCUGGAGCACGCCUUCGAACUGUCCACGUUCGUCUUCUUCCUGCUGCCCAUGAGCGUCAUCCUGGUGCUGUACGUCUGCAUAGCGCUGCAGCUGAAGCGCUCCGACGCCCUCUCGCGCCAGGACGUGCACCACAAGUGCCCGAGCUCGAACAACACCAGCAGCAGCGUCGUCAACGGGAAGGGCGGCGCCGACUCCUCCUCGGGGCACAAGCAGGGGUCGGCCGCGGUGCAGCCGCUGCCCAGCAAGCUGCAGAGGGGCUGCCAGCUGAGGAAGUCGGUGCGCGGAGGGGCGGCCGCGUCGUCGUCCCGCAAGGCGGUCAUCAACAUGCUGAUCGCCGUGGUGGUGGCGUUCUUCAUCUGCUGGGCCCCGUUCCACGCUCAGCGCCUGAUGGCCGUCUACGCCAAGGUGCCGACGCCGGCGCUCGAGAUCGCCUUCAACCUGCUCACGUACGUCUCGGGCGUCACGUACUACGUGAGCGCCACCAUCAACCCCAUCCUGUACAGCAUCAUGUCGCUCAAGUUCCGCCAGGCCUUCCGGGACACGCUGAUGCGCUGCUGCAGCCGCCACCGGGCCACGCGCCACGGUAAGUCGGUCGUGUCGGUCACCUUCCCGUCCGGCUUCCGGUCCACCUUCCGCUCCUCGCUGGCCUUCGAGACGUCCGACUUCACGCUCCUCACGGACGGCGGACCGCCGCCCCCCUACACCGUCGAGGCGUUGCUCGCCCAGAGGGCGCGGAACGUCAUCGUCUCCAUUGACGAGUGUAGCGAGCCCGGGACCAGCAGCAGUCGCAAGGCUAGCUCCAUCUCCAACAGCAGCCUCCAGAUGGUGCCCAGGGACGCGUUUGACCACGCGGAGCGCCUCUCCGAUCGGAUGGUCGAGCUAGGUAGCUGUGGUUGAGUGAGGCCCCAAAAUCAAUGGCCGAUCAGCUGAAUUUGCUUGCGAGGAGCGACAGACGACGUCACAGUCGGACCGGUCGACCACUCCCGCUGACCUGUUCUGGGCUCUGCAGGAACUCAUUUAAUAGGCAGGGACUACACCCGGACGUCAGACCAAGUCUUUGGAAUACUGUUUCAUCAGCCUGGUUCUGGUGCUGGCACACGCCGCGCCCUCCCUUUUACUGCAGAAGACAGAAUCUGCACCGUCAACGCAGGCUCAGUCUAGGCGUGGCCGAUUUUUCGGCGAGCUAUUGAGGUGCCUGCGUAUUGUGGCCGAGUUUAAUUUCAAAUCUCUUGGACCUCGCAGUCCUCUUGGUGUCUUCGGGCUCAGAACAACCAUGGCCGGUUGUUCCUACCCCACCUGCUGACCUUGUACAGGCGAGGUUGUUUUCCUGUCCUCAGGCUUUUGAAGUAAGUGGCCCCACUCCAGGUUUGCUUUCUGCAGACGACACACCCGGCUUGGCGUUUGUGGCUUUCGGCACUUCUGGAACAGGCAGUCCGAACCGCUGUUUAGAAGUCCCGCAUUUUCUCACUCACUCCCCACGUCACCCUCGCUCUUGUCGUGAUGACUUUCCAAUUUACCACUACCGAUUGCUUCAGCUUAUAACGAGUAGCCUUGCCUGCGCUCCACCUUGUCUUGUGCGUACAGUGUGGCGGUAAUUUACACCAAUUAACUUCACCUCAAGACGCACGACCUUAAAGAAACCAGAAGAUCUGACCAUUCAGUUACUCUACAUAAUUUUGAUUAUUCAUAAAGACGAAUGAUUUGUUUUGACAUAUAUUACGCAUGAGCCAACUACUAAAAUACUGCAGCUGACCAAUUUUCUGUUAAAACCACAGUGUAAUUUUUAUUGUUUCUUUCCACGGUAGCCACAUUUAAGUUUUCGCUGAAAGAAAUUGAUAUCGAAGUACCUAUGGAGCCGCAGGUACACAUGACGAGCUUUUAGAAGGAUCACAAACUGCCAUAUUUUUAGAGCGCCAGUACACGAGGCAGGGCACGCUUUAAGAUCAUCGUAAGAACAUGACUAUUUACAAGACACGUUCUCAACGCUGACGUCCACAUAUUUUUAGCUCGUAGAAAAAGGUGGGGAGAAGUCAAGGUACACGUUUGUCCUCUGUAAAGUUUGCCAGACGCUGAUCUCCAUUACGUUUCGCGGCACCGACUCCUUUGCUGUCGUUAUGGUGUAUAGACUAGAAAGUAAAGUGCAUAGGGCAGCGGUCUAGCCGCGACGUUCGUAACCGCGUACCUAAUCUCCUCUCUCUCUCUCUCUAGUGUAGGUACAAGUGUUUCGGUGUCGUCAGCUCUCCUCGAGUUCAUCCGGUAAAUGUAUUUGCCUAGAGUAGGGUGUGUGCAUGUGUAGCGUUGCGUCCUCCGUUUUGACAGCAGCUGUGUUGCGUCUGCUGCUUCGGUGAUGUCGAUGCGCGUUCCUUUGGAGUCAGUUGGGCUACGGCAAUUUCGAUUUGCGCUGCCAUCGUGUAGCGGUUGUGUCGCUCUGGCAUAGCAGUGUGUUGUUAAGUGUACUCCGUUUGUACAGUUGCCAUUCUCAAAGGCGGCUCUUGCCUUGACAGUGGCAAUAACUGUGUUCGAUGUUAUCUUGUACUCAGCUUUGUCCAGUGGUCUGAACAGUGCUAAUUUACCUUGUGAUGAGCGAGUGUGUGCGUUUGAGGCAGUGAUGUGGAAUUUUGUCCUGACUAGACUAUUUUUGAGAAAGAAGUUUGCGGAUGUGGAUGAAUGGUAUUUAAGAAGUUCUCACUCUCAGUCUUGCGACUUUGAGACCUCCUCCUUCUGUAUUUACUUGUAUACCUGUAUUUGAAGGGUUAUAUUUGCUGUGUUUCAGAGUGUUUGAAGAUGUAUGUUAGCAGAUAGUAAUCUAAUUUAUUUAUCUAUAUUAUAGCGUAUGCGUUACAACUGUUCACAUUGUUUCUUUGUACUUGCUUUCUUCCAAAGAGAGGCUGUAAAAGACAUUCUAACCAUGUUUCAUUGCUUUAUUUAUUCGAUUUAUGCAGAGCGUAUUUUUCUAGUAAAGAUUAACCUCAAAUCUAAAAGAACGUUAUCUUUAAACCUCACACCACGCUGCAUUGCGCAACACGUGCAACGGCCUGGGAGCUAUAAGUGGCGGAAGAAAUCUUGACGUAACUUUUGUGACAUCAUUUUGUCUGUGAUCUUUUAAAAGUAUUUCUUCCUGUUGAGACAGAAUAUGUAAGGUAUAUAAAUUCAUUUCGUACUUUACAAGUCAACAAACAGCAAAUGUAUGAAGACUUGUUAAUUAGCAGCUGUAUUUUUCUUAUCAGCGGUUACAGAGCAAUUCUAGGCUCAAGACUGCCAUGCAUGCGACGCGCGCGUCCGGACGAAAAUACCACUUGGUUAAAAAAAGCAGGCUUCCCUGUAACACAUAGUACGCAUGCUACUGUCGUUAGAAGGGGUGAAGGCUGAGUAUGGUCAGGCAUUUAUUCUAUCCAAUUUAAUAAAGCAAUAGUGUCCUGCUUAAUGUGGAGAUUGGCUCACUGGGAUGUUUACUCUGAGAUAAUGUUUGACCACCGAAACAAAAACUAUUAAGUGAAAUUACAGCACAAUCAGCUUGAAAAUUUCGGAGCACAAGGGAAGCAAUAAGAGAAAUUUUGCUUGCGAACAAAAAAACACUGCCAUUUUUGCUAGCCAAACAAGUUUACACAUUUUUGAACAAACUAACACCGAUUUCUCAUAUGCUGUCAUUUCCAUUAAUGUCCUAAAGCCGCUUGCUAGCACAGAUAAUUAACGUUAGUAGAACUUCCAUAAAAGCUUUCAAGAACAGCUCACGUAGCAUGCAGAUUUGAAGGCUUAGCAAAAAUGUGCAGUUGAUAGGCAAUAUACAAGCAAUUUCGACAAUUUCUCAUCCCAGUCGCGUAUGCAUUCUGCACUUUUCCGCUUUCGAAGUGCAAUAUUCAGGCAUAGACUCAACCUAGUACUCACUCUAGAUGCUGCUACAGUGCUCAGGUCACGUAUAACCGUAGUAGGCAAGACUGAGGUAGCUACCAUACUUCCUAGAAUUAGCUUGAUGUUCAACGCUUUUGCACGUUUGAAAGUCCACUUUAGAGCAGAACGUCGAAAAAUGCUGGAGAGAUGUGCCAUACCACUAUCUCGAACAGCAGUGCUGUCAGCUGUACUCGGACACCAGCGACCACAAACGCUUUGCCUCAAAUUUAACUUGCAAGAGUUCAGAUGCGGUAGAGGUUACUGAUGAUUACUCACUUUUCUGUCGCAUUUUUGCGUUCAAUGCUGAAUUGUGCCUGACAAUGUGUUCAAAUGUGUGCUCAUAACACACAUCAGGGUACUAGAUUAAAACAACAAAUAGCGUAACUUACCGCAAAGCACGAGCUAGCUUCGGUGUUGUACUAUAGCAGCAUGCCGUAUCAUUGCAUGUUCGCUCUUUCGCAUUCACUUCAAUGUUGUAUCUCUGUCAACGUUGCACAUAAACAUUACUGUACUCUGUAUCCAUUUAAAACGUGCAACAUGCAUCUCUGGACUUAUGACCUCUGGUUUUUUGUGGCUGAGAAGGCAUUGAAAGCUUAAAUUACGAGCGCUGGCACCUUAUCGGCUCAAGAGGCGGCUGAUAUAGUAGUGUGUCCUAGUUAAAUACAAAUAUGAGUGAUCAAGACGUUGCACCAUCGUUGCUCAUAAGCAAGAGCUUUGCCUAGUUUGGUUUGUUUUCUAGAUAACCAUGUUUUAGAAGACUCCUGGAAAUACAUCUUGAGGGACAUACCACAGACACGUGCAUAUAAUCACGGCCUCUACGCUGACCGCCUUAUGUCAGACACUUGAAUUAUCGCAUUUUUCUGGCAGAAUAAACCGAGGUCCAUGGACGCUAUUAAUACGCCAAUGAACUUAAUUUACGCUCACGGCCCACCUGGGUAAUGAGCAAAGACGAUAGCGUGACAUGUAUUGAAAAGAUCAACUUUGCCAUGCUCUGUGUCACGGUCAUAGGUCCAGAACGAAGCUCGUGCUUAUCGCGUCACUAGCUGCAGUCAUCUUUCUCUCUCUGGCGUGCCUCUUUCAAUGCUUUUUUCUCUGCCUGCUGCGAGCAUUUUACCCUCCUGUGUGUUCUUUCUCGGCCAUGCUAAAUAAACCUCUCGGCGUCUGCCUCACAUCA